AUGGCCGCGACAACCGGUUUUGAGACUACGCCAUUUACCAACUAUCAUUACGAGAAGCAAAAACCUCCUUUUCCUUCUCAAUUUCAGGCUAAUGAGGCCGUGACCUACCUGACCCGUAUGCGUGAAUCGCAAACAAACAAACUGACAUGCAUACAUACAAACAGGCAUACAAACAUACAUGCAUACAUACAUACAUAUACACAGACAAACAUGUACAUGCGCGAUACCGGGGAAAGAUGGGCAUGCAGGUGGUAUGGAACAAAAUUACGAUAUUGCUUCGGGGCAGAUGGAUUUUCGACUCUCCCUCCUCUCCCCAGUCCCGGGGGGUGCUUGCGUCUCGUCUCUUUCGUCGCCAUGGCUGUAACUCGAAUGACGGUCAUGCAGAUUGAUGAGUUGUUCGGACAAAAUGACCCAGUUAAUGUAUGCAAUUCGGUCGGCGGACACAAGAGGUGUAAAGCCGACCCCUUUCGAGGCGGGCAAAAGGACAAUGAAAUUCGGCCAAGGUUGCCGAGACAAAAAGCGUCUGGAAUGCUGUUGCCACGACACGAAUUGGGCGUCACGACGACCCGAGGCCGGACGACAGAGGCCUCUGAGGCUAGGGCAAAACGCGAAUUUUAUGGAGCAGCCAGAAAUCGUGACGCAAAUCCUCCCGGUCCCGCCAGUCGACUAGCAAAAGGAGGGCUUCGACGGUUGUCGAGGCUCUGUGGACACGGUUACGAGGGCGGCGCACUGGCCGAAGAGGAAUUCUAUUCAUUUUGA